ACAAGUGCGUCACUGAUGCUCGUGAGUGUUGCGACUGGCUGUUUUACCUCAGUUUGAGUCGAUUGCUGAACUUCUAGACUUUAAGGACAUUUGAAGCAGUAUUUUGAACAAAAUGAAAACUGACUAUAUUAGUAGACACGCCGCGGGGUAAGCCGCUAAAUUAGGAGUACUGCCUAGUGUACAAGAAAGAAUAAAGUUAUACAGGUUUUAAACUUAAGGGGUUGGAUUUUGGUCUUGUGAUCACCUUGCAAGAAACAGCAAUAAGAGGCUAUGGCGGGCAGGGGUGUAAAUGAAAACACUCCACUUUUGGAGAACUCCACAACUUCACCCAGAUCAGAGUCAUUGUUCCAAGGCAGGAGACUGGCAUGUGCUGCCAUACUGCUGGCAGAGUCUUUAGAGCGGAUGGCCUUCUAUGGCAUCACCUCAAACUUGGUACUCUUCCUCAACAGUAGCCCCUUCUAUUGGGAGGGCACUUUAGCCAGCCAAGCUCCCUUGGUCUUCAUGGGGGUCACUUAUUUGAUAUCACCGUUUGGAGGCUGGCUGGCAGAUGCGUUCCUUGGCAAGUUCUUGACUAUAGCCUUGAGUUUAGUGCUGUACUUAUUAGGGAUGCUGCUUUUCCCCCUUGUGGCCAAUGACAACACCAGGAACUACCUGUGUGGAGAAGAGAUGGCAUUCCCUGUACUACCAGCAGAUUGUUUUCCUGAAAACGGGACCGUGCCCACCAAUGUGACCUGCACCAAUCGGAAGUCCUACUGUGGGCCGGCAAUCUACAGUGGUCUGGUGCUGGUAGCGCUUGGGGUGGGAGCCGUGAAAUCAAACAUUACUCCAUUUGGGGCUGAUCAGGUGAAAGAUCGAGGUCCAGAGGCAACACGGCGGUUCUUUAACUGGUUCUACUGGUGCAUUAAUCUGGGAGCUAUCUUCUCGCUGGGUGGAGUAGCCUACAUUCAGCAGAACAUUAGCUUUUCAAUUGGCUACAUCAUCCCUGCUGUCUGCCUUGGAGUGUCUUUUAUUGUUUUUUGUCUGGGCUGCAUGGUUUUUAUCACCAAGCCUGCAGACGGCAGUGCCUUCAGUGACAUGUUCCGGAUCCUGGGCUCGGCCCUCUGCAGACGUGGGCCAAAAGAACCCAGUUUGCUCAGACCAAAGCCAACUUUGCUGGAUGGCGCCAAGGUGACAUAUGGUGGGCGAUUUCCAGAGGAGAAGGUGGAGGAGGUGAAAUCUCUGAUUAAAAUACUUCCUGUUUUCCUGGCCCUCAUUCCAUACUGGACUGUGUAUUUCCAGAUGCAGACCACAUAUUAUCUCCAGAGUCUUCAUCUGAGACUUCCUGGAACCGAUCUCAACUCCACAGACUCUCACCCGCACACCUUCCGUUUCCCUGCGGCUUGGCUGACCAUGUUUGACGCCGUGCUGAUCCUCAUGUUGAUCCCCCUCAAGGAUAAAGUGUUCGACCCCAUCCUUAAACGCAAAGGACUGCUGCCCUCCCCUCUGAAGAGAAUUGCUGUGGGCAUGUUCUUUGUCAUGUGCUCUGCCGUGGCUGCUGGCAUUUUAGAGACAAAGAGGCUGGAGAUUGUCCAAAACGAAGGCCCUAUUGAGCAGUCGUUCAGUGGAGUUAUAUACUAUGCAGCUGAUCUGGCCAUAUGGUGGCAGGUGCCUCAAUACGUCCUCAUUGGUGUCAGUGAAAUCUUUGCUAGUAUUGCAGGUCUGGAAUUUGCCUACUCCGCAGCUCCACGGUCCAUGCAGAGCGCUAUAAUGGGCCUGUUCUUCUUUUUCUCCGGCAUUGGCUCCUUUGUGGGAUCUGGACUUCUAGCUAUCGUCUCCCUCAAAGCCAUCGGCUGGAUGUCCUCACAUAAAGAUUUCGGUAACAUCAAUGAGUGCACACUGAAUUACUACUUCUUCCUCUUGGCUGCCAUUCAGGGAGUCACGCUGCUCCUCUUCCUCAUUGUGUCUGUGAAGUAUGACAAACAGAAGUCCAAAGUUGGAAGCCACAGGGCCUCUCUCACCAACUCAUGACCCCAUCACAACAUCAGAUCAUGGAAAAUAGCCCAUAGUUCACCAUUAUUUUCUCUAAUGUUGUUCAAAACCCAUAUGACUUUCUUUUGUAGAAUGCAAAAGAAGAUGUUAGGCAGAAGGUUAGCCUCAGUCACCAUUCAGUUUAAUUCCAUCUUUUGUUCAUACAGUAAAAGUGGAUUGUGACUAAGGCAAACAUUCUGCCUUACAUCUUCGUUUGCAUUCUACCGAAGCAAAAAGUUGCAUGGGUUUGGAACAAAAUUAGCGGACGAAAAUGAUGACAUAAUUUUCAUUUUUGGGCAAACUUUCCCUGUAAGACUUUAAUAAAGAGGUAGGAUUUUAAACAUUUGAUUUGACACAUGAACCCCUUCUGUUUACAUUAACUCUCAAUUUCUAGCAAUUUCAGACACUCACAAUUUGAGAGAAAACAGACAAACAAACCUCAAGUGGUUUUGCAUAAACUGUUUUAUUUAAAAUGAUGUUGGAAAAUUUGGUUUGUUCACUCCAUCAGCGAUCGGGAAAUGCUUGUUUGUUAUAGUGUGUAGUUCAAAUAACACUUUUAAGGGAUAUUUCACUCGAAAAUGAAAAUUUUCUCACCCUCAUGCUAUCCCAGAUGUGUAUGACUUCUGCAAAACACAAAUAUCUUUAAAAGAAUAUUUCAGCUCUGUUGGCCCUCACAAGGCAAGUGAAUGGUGACCAGAAAUGUUAAGGUCUAAAAGGUAGUAUAAAAGUAAUCCAUAAGACUCCAGUGGUUAAACUGAUACCUUCUGAAGCAAUAUGAUAGGUGUGAGUGAGAAACAGAAAAUGUAUCGUUUUCUCACCCACAGCUAUCAUAUUGCUUCAGAAGACAUGGAGUUAACACUAGAGUCUUUUGGAUAAUCUUUAUGCCUCCUUUUGUCAUUUUUGGACCUUCUGAGUUCUGGUAACCAUUCACUUGCAUUGUAUGGACCUACAGAGCUGAGAUAUUCUUUUAAAAAUCUUCAUUUGUGUUCUGCUGAAGAAAGAAAGUCAUACACAUCUGGGAUGGCAUUAGGAUGUGUAAAUGAUAAGAUAAUUUUCAUUUUUGGCUGAACUAUCCCUUUAACAAUUUGGAGAUUGUUUUUUUUUUUGUGUGUAUUUUUACUUUUGUUCAGAGUCUUUUCAAAUUGUUAUUUACUCACGAACCAUUAUUUUGAAGGUGGUCUUGCAAUGAUUUACAGUGAGUUGUAUAACUGAAAAUGUUAUUCUUUUGAAUGGUUGGAUUUGAAUAUUUAUUGAACCUGGUAUUUCUCAUUGUGGUUUGCACUUGGGAAAUUCUGUACUGCUGCACUUACAUAUCUAGUCCAUUUUCAUUUAAAUGUGUCUUUUUGGGCAUGUGUUGUGGUACUUUUUAAAUAUUUUUAACAAUACUACUAUUUUAACAAUUAAUUAUUUUCCUUUAUUGUUCACUAAAUAUACAGUUCAGGCACUAUUUGCACUGUAUGAUGAAUCUCAGGUCAGUCAUUUUAUUAAUUAAUACGAAUUGGCUGCGUUUAACUGAUGUCUAAAACAGCAAGUAUGAUUGGUUAUUUGAAAUGGUGCCUUUAUGCAAGUAGCACAUACAGAGAAUUAGUCAUUUAGAUACGCAUUUAAUUAAAACGGCAGUACUUUUUUUUUUAUUAUUGAUUUUUAUUUUAUUUAUUUUUUAAAUGGCUUAAUGCAGUUUUUUUUACUGUUUGAUGAAUUAGUAACUUUGGUACCAAACAUAUGGCAUUUUAUGGGUCUGUGUCUGUUGUAGAUGUUUUAUUAGGCAUUACUUUACCAUUAGCUUGUUUUUAAUGAAUUUGCAUUAUACGUUGUAUUUCCAAGCACUUCAGUACUCUACGUGUAUAAUGGUUAUGACAGGAGCACAGCAAACAAACAUCAGAUAAAUAAUGUCCUCAAGGAGAAUUUGCACAAUCUCAUUAUGCACGUCUUAAAUAGGAAGAUGUUUUAGUGCAAAUGUAAAUGAAUAGUUUUUUUUGUGUGAAAACACCAUAAAAUUGCACAGUGCUUUUUAAAAACAACAACCCUUGUCAUCUGCAUGAGGAUAUGAAUGAAAUCACAUUUGCACUAAUCUCUUGUAAAAAUACAUUUAUAAUUAAUGCUUUAUAAUUACUUGAUGUCAUUAAUUUUACAUGCAGACUCAUUAGACAUCACUUUACAUUCAUAAAAAUGUAUACCUCAGCUUCAUGAUGGUAUCAUGGUGUAGAGGGCUUUAUGCUUGAUGUAAUUUUGAUCCAAAUUCAGCAAUGACUAAACCAUUUUUUUAAUGUUUUUUUUUGCUGUUUUUGACAACUAAUGACGUUUGUUUUCUUUGCAAAAUCGUAUCAACACUCCCAUUAUGUUUCUGUGUUUUGGGUCCUUUGUGUUUUAACACACAGGUAUACAAGGGUUCAAGUCACACUUUUUCAGCAGUUACAAAUUGUGCCUUCCAUGGCAAUAUUGCUCCACAUUACUGUUGCUACUGUUGCACUCUCUCAUUUUAUCUGUUUACAUUUAGUAUUUCAAAGUGCUCAUUAGGUACGUGAAAUGAUCUAUAUCCUCUUGAAUCUGUUUUGAUGACAAUUCACUAGAGAGAGUAUAAUACACCCUUUUGAAUCUGUGAACAAUUUGUUGAAAUAUUAUGAAUUGUAUGCUUGGUAGGAUGAAAGGGCAUCAUUAAUUAUGAACUGGGCAAUUUAAAAUGCUGUCUUUUAAAAGUUUUUUUUUAAAUAUAUAUAUAUAUAUAUAUAUAUAUUAUUUUAUUGAACUAAACCAUUUCCCUCAAAUGAUGUGUGGUUAUAAACUGCAAUAUUCUCAAACACAUUUGAGUAUGUGUUGUAAAAUAUAACAAACUUUUUUCUCUUUAAUGUAGCUCAUGCUUAAUGAAAUGGUUUUCAGUUGUUUUUCUCCCUACAAUAAAAUGUAUUUGACCUCUGAUUUUUGUUUAUAUAGAGAGGCGUUUUCAAAGUGAGCCACCCUCGUAUUAUCACACUCGCAAAUUCUCAGCUCACAUGCAGACUUCGUAAACUUUCAUAUUCAAUUGCAUUUCUGUCUGAUUUCAUCAGAUGGGCAUGAAAUUAGAACAUCGUCUCUACAUCCAAGCAUAUCUAGACAGAGCUGCCGCAUACGAGUGAUUUCCUGCUAAUAGUGUGACCACCAGCAAGCUGUUUGAACUCUUUAUCUCCUCUCACGCGGAGUCAGCCUGUUUAAACAGCCCAUAUAUAUCCUUACCGUCCACAUGUUUUAACAUUGUUGUGCUCUUUCGACUGUGUGUUUAGGAACACAUACCCAAUGAAGUAAAUAGAACAGGUCAGAAUUUAGCCAACACAAGCCUUAUCCUGAAUUAUUUACAUUUCUCGACCUAUUUUGCUCAUGGUUGCAAACCUCGUUGUAGUCCUUGUUCUAAAUCCAUAGAGCUCUUACUGUUUAUGACCAAUUCACUGGACUCGCAGCAAAAAAAUUCGAUUUGAGGUGAAUGUAAUGAACAUAUUGAAUUGUAAUUUACUCUAAACUCAGCAAAAAAAGAAAUGUCCCUUUUUCAGGACACUGUGUAGAGACAGAUCUCCAUUAAAUCUCAAUGAAUAACUUUCGCAUGCAUAUGAAAAACAAAAUAACCCUCAUUUGUUAUGCAUCCUCACACUGACAUAUUAAGAGAUUGUUGUGAAUGCUUGAAAUGGAAUAUGUAGAUUUUCAAUUAAUUGCCAACAAAACCCUUCAUCAGCCAACCAACAAGGACAAUUGCAUCUACAGUAUGUGAACUUCUGCAGUUAUUCUAGGAUGGACUUCAAUGACAUUAGUCAUUAAUCUUACAGUUCAUAAAACAUCUUUGUUUAAACACUGACCCUUAACACUUACUUAGUUUAAUACUUUUUAAACAUGGCUUGCACUAUACAUAAGUAAUAUUGGCACUAUAUUCAUGAUGUUAGUCAGUGGGGAAUUGACCCCCACAAUGAGUCUGGUUUCUCCCAAGGUUAUUUUUCUCCAUUAACCAACAUCUUCUGGAGUUUUGUGUUCCUUGCCACAGUCACCUUCAGCUUGCUCACUGGGGUUAUAAAUACAAUUAUUAUUGUAUUACUUAUUUUUAAACACAGUACACAAUUGUAUUUUAUCAAACCACACAAUGAUGACUCUAAGACAUGGAUAUUACAGUUUUAUUUUCUUAUUAAUGAAUUGUUGUGAAAGGUACUAUGCAAAUAAAAA